AUGCUCUCGAGAAGACUUGUCGCAACCGCGCGCUCCGUGCCGCUGCGCCGGUACCAGCCGCGCCAGCUUCCGCUGCAGCUGCCACAGAUGAUGCAGCACGUCCGCAACUAUGCCGACAAGGUCGUCAAGGUGCCGCAGAUGGCCGAGUCCAUAUCCGAGGGUACCUUGAAGCAGUGGUCUAAGCAGGUUGGCGACUUUGUCGAGCAGGACGAGGAGAUCGCUACUAUCGAGACUGACAAGAUCGAUGUCGCUGUCAAUGCUCCCGAGGCCGGUAUCAUCAAGGAGUUCCUGGUCAAUGAGGAAGACACCGUCACUGUUGGCCAGGAUAUCGUCAAGAUGGAGCUCGGCGGCGAAAAGUCCAGUGAGAGCAAGGACUCUGGCGACAAGAAGGAGGCUGCAGAGAAGCCCAAGUCUGAACCCGAGUCCAAGCCAGAGCCAUCCAAGACGGAGUCGAAACCUGAGCCCAAGCAGGAGGAGCCUCAAAAAGAUGCAUCUGCCAGCAAGCCAGCUCCCCCGGCCAAGGAGACGUCGAAGGCCGCCCCCGCCCCCAAGGAGACGGCAGCAAGCGCCACCCCAGCCUUCGGUAGCCGUGAAGAGCGCCGCGUGAAAAUGAACCGCAUGCGCCUCCGAAUCGCCGAAAGACUUAAGCAAUCGCAGAACACUGCCGCGUCCCUCACCACAUUCAACGAGGUUGACAUGUCUUCUCUUAUCGAGUUUCGGAAGCUCUACCGCGACGACGUGCUUAAGAAGACGGGAGUCAAGCUCGGAUUCAUGAGCGCUUUCUCCCGUGCCUGUGUUCUAGCCAUGCGUGACAUCCCCGCUGUGAACGCAUCUAUCGAGGGUCCCAACGGCGGUGACACCAUUGUGUACCGUGACUACGUCGAUAUCAGCGUGGCUGUGGCCACAGAGAAGGGUCUUGUCACGCCCGUUGUUCGCAACACCGAGUCGCUGGACAUGCUGGGAAUUGAGAAGGCCAUUGCCGACAUGGGCAAGAAGGCCCGUGACAACAAAUUGACCAUUGAGGAUAUGGCAGGUGGUACUUUCACCAUCAGCAACGGUGGUGUCUUUGGCUCCCUUAUGGGAACUCCCAUCAUCAACCUUCCCCAGACUGCUGUUCUUGGACUCCACGCUGUCAAGGAGCGCCCCGUGGCCGUCAACGGCAAGAUCGAGAUCCGCCCCAUGAUGUACCUGGCCCUCACCUACGACCACCGCCUUCUCGACGGAAGGGAAGCUGUUCAGUUCUUGGUCAAGGUUAAGGAGUACAUUGAGGACCCCAGACGCAUGCUCCUGUAA